UUAGAAGUAGAAGGAAAUAGAGAGAGAGAGAGAGAGAGAAAACCGCCGAUAUAGAGGUUCGUCGGAGUUACAAUGGGAACGACCACCGCUCUUGCGCCGGGACUGUCAAGGAAGUUGAAAAAGGUGCUUGAUACAAGGACGGACAGUCCAGAUCUACUAUUAUCUCUUAGCACUCUUUCCGACUUUUACACUGGAAACACUUCUCAUGCUCGCCGUAACCUCCGAUCCACCAUUGAAAAGCGUUCGCUCUCCAUCAAUCAAGAGUUUCUUCAAGCUUCUGAUACCGCUCAACAGGCAUUGGAUCGUGUGGAAGAGGAGGUUAACGCUCUUGCUGACUGCUGCGAUAAGAUAGCUAAGACUUUGAGUAGUUGCAGCUCUACAACUGGAGAUAUAAUUAAUACUACAGAACGGCUUAAACAGGAACUUGAAAUCACUACUCAAAGACAAGAGAUUGUGUCGUGUUUCCUUCGCGAUUAUCAGCUUUCUAAUGAAGAGAUAAAUGCUUUGAGGGAGGAGGAGCUCAGUGAAAAUUUCUUCAAGGCGUUAUCUCAUGUUCAAGAAAUUCAUGGCAACUGCAAAAUUUUGCUUCGUACUCAUCAUCAGCGUGCAGGUCUGGAACUUAUGGAUAUGAUGGCUGUCUACCAAGAAGGGGCAUAUGAGCGGUUGUGCAGGUGGGUGCAGACAGAGUGUAGGAGACUGGGAGAUACUGAUAAUCCGGAAGUAGGUGAACUUCUUAGAACAGCUGUCAGAUGCCUUAAAGAACGACCUGUCCUCUUCAAGUAUUGCGCAGAAGAGGUUGCAAACAUGAGGCAUAAUGCACUAUUUAGGAGGUUUAUAAGUGCUCUCACACGUGGUGGACCGGGUGGAAUGCCUAGACCUAUUGAAGUACAUGCUCACGAUCCAUUGAGAUAUGUGGGUGACAUGUUGGGAUGGCUGCAUCAGGCCUUAGCAUCAGAAAGGGAGCUCGUCCUUGCAUUACUUGAUCCAGAUGCAAUUUCUGAUACUGGACCAACUGCCAGGAAAUUUGGCGAAGGAUUAGAGAGUCAUUUAGGAAAGACAGAAAUUGAUUUGACAUUUGUUCUUGACAGAAUAUUUGAAGGAGUCUGUCGACCAUUUAAAGUGAGAGUUGAACAAGUGUUGCAAUCGCAGCCGAGUAUAAUUACAUCAUACAAACUCAGCAACACUCUGGAGUUUUACAGCUAUACUAUCUCAGAUUUGCUAGGAAGAGAUACUGCAUUAUGUAAUACACUUUGGGCUCUUAAAGAUGCUUCUCAGAAAACAUUCUUUGAUAUUUUAAAAACACGGGGAGAAAAGCUUGUAAGAUAUCCGGCCCUUGUUCCUGUUGAUCUUUCUCCACCUCUCGCGGUUAGGGAAGGUGUCUCUUUGUUGCUUGAAAUAAUAGAGACAUACGAUGGCAUGAUGUUUCCUGAGUCGGGAAAAAAGCCUCCUUUUGAUCCUGUAAUAUCUGCUUUACUUGAUCCCAUCAUUCAGAUGUGUGAACAAGCUGCAGAUGCAUAUAAGUCAAAAGGUAGCUUAUUUAGGAAAAAUAGAACCAGUUCUGAUCCUGGUCAAUUCACUAAAUCCUCUGUUGAUGCUAUUUUGACUCAAAGAAGUUCCAUCUCCUCGGCUCAGACAAGUGAAACACCUUCAAAGAUUUUCCUCAUAAACUGUUUGUGCACAAUUCAACAACCUUUAUUUCGACGUGAAGCAGCAUCUGAUUACGUAAAGAAACUGGGAUCAAUGAUCGAUAGUCACAUUCGCGAUCUGGUUAGAAAAGAAGUCGACUCAAUUCUUAACAAAUGUGGGCUAUUGAACAAGAUGUCGUACUUUAACAAUUCAUCAGACAAUAAUGAUUCUCCAUUAGCGGAAAUGGAGGAUACAUCUCAGGCAUCCCUAUCGGAAUGUCUGAAGGUUCUUUUUGGUCUUGUUUUGGGAAAUGAAAACUCGUUACCUGAGUUUGAACAAAUGCAGGUACCUAAGUUGAGGUCCGAGACUUCUGUUCAAGUUGCGAAGUCUUUGGCCGAAGCUUAUGAACUUAUUUAUAAAGCGAUUAUGGAUCCUAAGAAUCAGUAUGCAGAUCCUAAGGCCCUGGCUAGACAUCCCCCUGACCAGAUCAGAACGAUCUUAGGGAUUUGAACAAUUUUAUAUGGAAUCGUGUGUUUGUUUGUGCUUACACCUUUAAUCGCCUGCCCGUUAUAUUAAUAUUGUUGUAAUUUUUUCCUUUUUUGCUAUGAAUAUUGUUGUAAUUUGUUCUUUUCAAUCCUUUUUACUUUCAUUAAUAUACAUUGAACAAAUUUAUUUGUGUUCACUUGAGAAACUUAAAUAAAAAGUUACUAAAGGGUCUAAUUAUA